CAGAAGUAGUAAAAGUAGUUGUAGUAGUCGUGGUAGCAGUCGUGGUAGCAGUAGUCGUGGUAGUAGUAGUCGUGGUAGCAGUAGUCGUGGUAGCAGUAGUCGUGGUAGCAGUAGUCGUGGUAGCAGUAGUCGUAGUAGCAGUAGUCGUGGUAGCAGUAGUCGUGGUAGCAGUAGUCGUGGUAGUAGUAGUCGUGGUAGCAGUAGUCGUAGUAGCAGUAGUUGUGGUAGCAGUAGUCGUGGUAGCAGUAGUAGUAGUAGCAGUAGUCGUGGUAGCAGUAGUCGUGGUAGCAGUAGUAGUAGUAGCA